AGUCUACCACGAGGAAGGGAACGUACGGCAGGCGAUUAAAUCGUUUGAAUCCAACGCUCCCUAGUGGCCAACCAAACGAAAGGCGUCAAAUUUCGCUCCACAAGUUCUCAUUUCACACCUUGCCCGCCAUUGCUACCUUCCUCUGUCUCUGCUCCGAUUCAGCCUUAUCAUGCUCUGAUCAACCUCAUGAACUCCAACGCUUCGAAUCCAAAUCCUUCCAUGACGUCCUCCACUGCUGCUGAUUCCUCCGGUAAGAAGGUUCGCAAGCCCUACACCAUUACUAAGUCCAGAGAGAGCUGGACUGAAGAAGAACACGAUAAAUUCCUCGAAGCUCUUCAGCUGUUUGAUCGUGACUGGAAGAAAAUUGAAGAUUUUGUAGGUUCAAAGACAGUUAUUCAGUCGAUGCUGCAGAUUAGGAGUCACGCCCAAAAGUACUUUUUGAAAGUCCAAAAAAAUGGAACUAUAGCACAUGUACCUCCACCUCGCCCCAAACGCAAGGCUUCACAUCCUUAUCCACAAAAGGCAUCAAAAAAUGUUUUGUUACCGUUGCAAGCAUCAAUGGGUUAUCCUUCUUCAGUUAAUACCCUAGCACCUGGAUAUUCUCCUUGGGACGACGCAUCGAUAAUGAUUAACCCUUCUUUGAGCAAAAUCAUGCAACCACAAGAUGAAUUUACAAAUUUUCACAGAUCUGAAAAUGAUAUUGCAUCAGAAGGGACACCAAUGAUCUGUAGUAGCAGCCUCAAUGGUAUUGGAAGCCCUGAUAUGGGAAAGCAGGGGAAACAAGCUCCCAUGCUUCACGGUAUACCAGACUUUGCUGAAGUUUAUGGUUUCAUUGGUAGUAUUUUUGACCCAGACAGUAAAGAACAUGUGAAUAAACUCAAGGAGAUGGAUCCUAUCAACUUCGAAACAGUUUUGUUGUUGAUGAGAAACCUCAGUUUUAACUUGUCCAGUCCUGACUUUGAACCACUCAGAACUGUGUUGUCAACCUAUGAUGUCAAUACAAAAACAGUAGCAGUCACUGCAGGAAUGCCUACAAAGAAGCAUGCUGAUGAUAUAUCCUGUUGAAUUACUUACUGCCUAAAAUUAGCUCGUCUUAUCUACUCUGACUAUUACUUGUCAAAGUCAGAGCAUUGGAAUGCCGGAUUAACGCCAGCUGCCAGCCAAGGCUGUUAGAGAAGAUUGUAUCUAAAAUUGGUCUCCACUGAUUCUUUUGAGGCUCUUUGGAUCCUCCUCUUUGGCACCUUACCAAGGCUCAUAUCUCACGGGUUUGGCCUAUAACCAAAAUGUAUAUUUUUGUAAGAUCUGUUUGAUGAAUUUUGUCAUUUACUAAUAAAAAUACAGCCAUGUUAACUAUUUGCGAGGGUGCUUGAUCGGGCUGUCGAACCAAAAUGUGGCUCAAUCUCAGAGUGGCAUUGGUCAGAUAGGCGAUCUUCUCCUGCUUGUAUCGUUCAAAGUGAGUGUAAAUUGCUGUUGUUAUUUAAGUUCGUCACCUCCUUUGUAAGUGGUUCUUUUUCUUCAAGAAAGAAUGAAAUGGAUUAGUACAUAUAAAAGAAACGUGUUUCUAGGUAGUCUUUCUUCCCUUUUAGCGACUAAUUUUCUUCGAUUAUGUUCUUGUUUUUAUUACUUGAUCAGAUACAUAAGACCAAAAUAGAAUUUGAGAUAGAUGAUUAUCACGAUGGAAUAAAGAUAGUUAGAAUCUCUUUUAUCAA